UUGACUCUUCAGGGGGCUAUUCUCAAAAUAUAACUUUAAGAAGUGUUUAAAAUAGUGAAAUAAAAUGUCACGUAAAAGCUCUAAGGAAAUCAGGAAAGUAAACAUCUCUAGCUCCUUGGAGUCUGAAGAUAUUAGCUUAGAAACCACCAUCCCAACCGAUGAUCUUUCUUCCUCUGAAGAGAGGGAAGGUACCGUGAAAAUCACUAAGCAGCUGAUUGAACGGAAGGAGUUGCUCCAUAAUCUGCAGCUGCUUAAAAUAGAAUUAUCUCAGAAAAACUUGAUGAUUGAUAACUUGAAAGUAGAAUAUUUGACCAAGAUUGAAGAGCUUGAAGAGAAGCUUAACGAUGCAAUCCAUCAAAAGCAGCUGUUGUCUUUACGACUGGAUAGCCAGCUGGCAUUACAGCAAGAAGAUGCUAGAAAACAUCACGCUCUAAUGAAACAAGAAAUGGAAACUAUUUUAAUGAGACAAAAGCAGCUGGAGGAAACAAAUCAUCAGUUAAGAGAGAGGGCUGGAGAUAUCCGUCGGAGCUUGCGAGGUUUGGAAUUAACAGAUGACUCCUAUGAGAAGCUAAAGUCUUUGCCUGAAGAUCAGCUUUCCAUCCCUGAAUAUGUUUCUAUUCGAUUCUACGAAGUAGUCCAUCCCUUGAGAAAUGAGCUAAGUGACCUACAGGCGAAAAAGGAGACCCUAACAGAAGAAAUAAGUGGGUACAAAUCCCAACUGAAGUGUGUGAUGGAGAGCUAUGAAGAUGAGAGAAGGAGUCGGUCAGAACUGGAGGUCAGAUGCCAGCGUUUAACACUGGAACUGGCUGAUACCAAGCAGAUGAUUCAACAAGCUGAUUACAGACAAGAGAAUUAUGAUAAAGUAAAAUGUGAACGGGAUGCAUUUGAACAUGAAUUGUCAGAACUCAGAAGAAAAUAUGAAAUAUUAGAGGUGUCUCAUAAAGCACAAGCUAAAGAAAGAAAUGAUUUAUCAAAAGAGCUGACAACCAUACAACAAUCCCUAAACCUGUUGCAAAAAGAUAAAGAUUAUCUUAAUCGCCAGAACAUGGAGCUUAGUGUUCGCUGUGCACAUGAAGAAGAUCGUCUUGAAAGACUUCAGGUUCAGUUAGAGGAUGCCAAAAAAGCUAGAGAAGAAAUGUAUGAAAAAUAUGUUGCAUCCAGGGACCACUAUAAAACAGAAUAUGAAAAGAGACUUCAUGAGGAGUUGGAACAAUUAAGACUGAAAACAAAUCAAGAAAUAGAACAACUUCGAAGCACUUCAAAAGAGAUGUAUGAACGUGAAAACAGAAAUUUGAGAGAAGCAAGAGAUAAUGCUGUUUCUGAAAAAGAAAGAGCAGUUAUUGCUGAAAAGGAUGCUUUAAGAAAAUAUGACCAACUCUUAGACCAGUAUAGACAAAUGCAGCUUGGCACAGAAAGCAAAGUAGCUGAACUUCUUCACCAAAGUAAGUUAAAGUCCUUUGAAAGUGAACAUGUUCAACUCAUGCAACAAGAAACAGCUAAGAAUCUUUCACAAUGCCAAAUAGAAUGUGAGAAAUAUCAGAGAAAGCUGGAGGUGCUUACAAAGGAAUUUUAUAGUCUUCAGUCUUCUAGUGAAACACGCAUUAUUGAACUCCAAACACAGAAUUCUGAGUUUCAGGCAAGACUAGAUACUUACGAAAAACUUGAAAAAGAACUUGAUGAGAUAAUAAUGCAAACAGGAGAAAUGGAAGAUGAAGUUGAAGCUGAAAGGGUUCUCUUCUCAUAUGGGUAUGGUGCUAAUGUUCCUACAACAGCCAAAAGACGACUAAAACAAAGUGUUCACUUGGCAAGGAGGUUACUGCAGCUAGAAAAGCAAAACUCGUUGCUUGUAAAAGAUCUGGAACAUCAGAAGGAACAAGUAACACAGAUUUCACAAGAGCUUGACAGAGCAAAUUCUUUGUUAAGUCAAGUUCAACAGCCAUAUAAAUACCUCAUUGAAACUGUGCAACAGAGAGAUUCUCAAAUAAGUCUACAGAAGGAACGUAUUGCACAACUUGAAAAAGAUGUCAGUCUUUUAAAUAAAGAAAAGACAGCUUUGCUGCGUGUCAAGAAUCAAAUGGCAGCAGAUUUGGAGAAACUUCUAACUCAUCGUGAGGAACUAGCUGUAAUGAAACAGAUUCUAAUUAAUCUACAUGGUAAGCAGAAGGAACAAAAUUUGCCUCAGUCUAAUAUUGAUGCAAAAAUUACAACGGCAAAAAACAUAUUAAACCCUUUAGCAAAGCUUCCACCAGAACAUGAAGAAGAAAAUAUAUUUACACCUAAGCCAACGUUAUUUACAAAUACAGAGGCACCUCUGUGGUACAAGAAACUACAGAAGAAAACAUCACCGUAACAUUUUUCUAAAAGUAUUCAAGAAAAUCCUUUGGGGAGCUUUUCUUUGAAGAAAGAUAUUUUCACCAUAAUUAUGCCCUUUUCACCAUAAAGGCAAACAGCUGUUUUGUUUUCAACUGUUAUUUUGUACCUGUAAAAUGGUCUUAUGUUUCAUAAAAUAAUUUUUAGAUCUGUCACGUGAAUAAAAUGUGUGGAAAUAAUGUGCGCAGUGAUUUUACUAAUAUGUAUUUGAAUUGUAAAAGAUAAAUAAACACUAGCAUAUUGUACACACA